GCAGAGUCCACCCACAGCUGGCAGGACCUCGAGCCAAAGGCAGCUGGAGAUGGGGGUGAGGUGACCGUAGUCAGCCAAGCCAGAAGAGCUGAGAGUGUUUGGGACUUUCCAUGCCAACCUGGCCUGGCAGGCAGCUAGCUAGGGGUGCAGAGUCCCAGGUGGCUGAGGCCUGGCUCAGGAGGAGGAGGGCUGUGGCUCUUGGGGCUGAUUUGAACAGCAGUGGGACCAGGGAGGGUAAACAAGAGCGCACCGCCCAGAGAAGGCACACAGAUGACCGGCGGCCACACAGGAGCCGGCACCAGUCACGGCUGCGUGUCUUCCCUCUGAGCCCACCACAGCGCCCAGCCUGGCAGCUGCAGUGGCGUCCCCUCCUGGCAGGCCACAGUGGCCACGGGCCACCCAGUACGCUGCUUCUGUGGCCUCAGGAGUUCCUGUGCGACCAGAAGUACAGCGACGAGGAGAACUUGCCGGAGAAGCUGGCGGCCUUCAAAGAGAAGUACAUGGAGUUCGACCUGAACAGCCAGGGCGAGAUUGACCUGAUGUCUCUGAAGAGGAUGAUGGAGAAGCUGGGGGUUCCCAAGACCCACCUGGAGAUGAAGAAGAUGAUCUCGGAGGUGACGGGCGGGGUCAGCAACACCAUCUCCUACCGAGACUUCGUCAACAUGAUGCUGGGGAAGCGCUCGGCUGUGCUCAAGCUAGUCAUGAUGUUUGAAGGCAAAGCCAACGAGGGCGGCUCCAGGCCAGCCGGGCCCCCGCCAGAGAGAGACAUUGCAAGCCUGCCCUGAUGACCUGCGCCUGGCCUCUGCCCCUCCGCACCCCCCUUCUCUCCUGACUCCUUGGGAUUCGUCCUACUCCUUUGUUUGGCCGCUGUGGGUUCGUGUGUUUCCUUAGCAGUCUUCUUGUAAAGCACAAAUUAUCUGCCUUAAAGGGCUCUGGGCUGGGGAUUCCUGAGCCUUGGGUCCCCCAUUCCUGUCUCCUUCCUGCCUUUUCCCGGCCCCGUGCAGAAGGGCUGAGAUCAAACCAAACAUUGGAGGGGCCGGGCCAGAGCAGGGAG